AUGCAUUCGCCGGUUUCCUCUCUCUCCCGCCACUCGCGGGUUGUCGAGCGCCCUGAGACUUUGCCCGUUGUUACAGAUGUAAUUGCGGGGGAGUCUCAUGCCACUCUCGACGGCGAUAUCGAACAGAACAAUCUUGCCUACUCUGCCCGGCAUCUCCUUAGCUACGCGUCCCCGCUCAGGGUGCAACGUCCGCGUAUGCAAAUGCCGGGUUCCUCUCUCUCCCGCCACUCGCGGGUUGCCGAGCUUCCUGAUACUUCGCCCGUUGUUACAGAUGUAACUGCGGCGGCGUCUCAUUCUGCUCGCAGCGAGAAGAUCACGCGUCAGGGAUCACCGGCUCUCGCCUCUGUCUCGAUUCCUGCCCUCCCUGACCGUUCCAGUCUUGCUUACCCUACCCGGCGUCUCCUUGCCAACGCGUCCCCGCUCAGGGUGCAACGUCCGCGUAUGCAAAUGCCGGGCUCCACUCAGGUGAGAGCGAGUGAGAGCGCAGGGUUUCACAUACAGCGGGAUGGCUCAGUGGUUAGCGCAAUUGCCACUCAAUUGGCGGACCCGGGUUUGCCUCCCGAGGCGGCAACUAAUUUUUCUUCUGUUUUUUCUCAUCCCUUUCCCCUCCUGCCGUCCUUGGGCCGUGUCUCUCCCUCUCGGGUCGAGCUCGGCGGCGGUAAGGGCGGAAAGGUGGAGACGGUGAUGUCAUCGCCGGACAGGGUGUCCGCUCUGCUGUCGGAGGUGACGGAACUGUUGAGCAAAGGAGCGAUCUCCGAGGUCCCGGAGGAUCUCAAGCAGAACGGUUUUUACUCCCGUUACUUCCUGGUUCCCAAGAAGACAGGGGGAGUGAGACCGAUCUUGGACUUGCAAUUCUGCUCGAGCAUAGACCUCAAGGAUGCUUACUUCCAUGUCCCGAUCGUUCGCAGGCACAGGAAGUUCUUCCGCUUUGCUUUUCUGGGAAAGGCGUACGAGUGUACGAGAAUUCUAUUCGGCUACGCUCUAGCCCCACGCACCUUCUCCAAAUGUCUGGAGUCGGCUCUGGAGCCUCUACGCAGGGAGGGCAUCAGGAUCCUGGCCUAUCUAGACGACCUCCUAAUUCUAGCGUCGUCCCUGGGACUGCCCAGGUCACACACUGUCCGUGUGGUGUCCUUCCUCACGCGACUGGGUCUUGCGGUGAAUUGGAAGAAGAGUGCGCCGAGACCAGCCCAGCAGGUUUCUUACCUGGGUCUGGUCAUGGACACAUGCACAAUGAGAGCGCGUAUUUCGGACUCGAGGGCUCUCGAUCUGCUUUCGGCUCUCAACCUUUGCCGGCCGUCCUGCAGGCGCCCGGUUCGGGCCAUCAUGUCCCCGCUGGGCAUUAUGGCCGCGCCUCACAAGGUGGUUCCCCUGGGCCUGCUACACAUGCGCAGCCUACAGGCCUGGUUUGCCCGCCAACGGGUCGACCCGGCAUGCCAUCGGAACCGGGCCUUGUCCCUGCCGGCUCGCCUACUAGGGGAUUUGAGCUAUUGGAGGGACCCCCUGGUUCUUUCUCAGGGCGUCCCGUUGGGCAGAGUGUCGGAAUGCAUCCAGGUCUUCACGGACGCAUCUCUCCACGGAUGGGGCGGGGUGUGCCUGGGCCAGGCAGUCGGAGGCGUGUGGCCUCCCGGCACUCGCCACAUCAACCUGCUGGAGCUAGACACGGUCUUAUUGGUGCUCAGGCAUUUCUCAGACCUAGUCGAGGGCCGCGAUGUCCUGAUUCGCUCGGACAAUCGGGCCACGGUCGCUUACAUCAAUCGUCAAGGGGGGGUCAGGUCUCCUGCUCUCCACCGGGCAGCGACACAGCUCUGGCUAUGGGCUUGUGCCCAUCUCCGCUCCCUAGCUGCGGCACACAUUCCGGGUCAUCUGAAUGUGGGCGCGGACAUGAUGUCUCGGAGCGGCCUCCAUCACGACGAAUGGUGCCUCCACCCAGACAUCGUCUCCCGCAUCUGGCUGAGAUUUGGGGAAGCUCAGGUGGACCUGUUUGCGUCCAGGCGGAACGCACACUGUCGCCUGUGGUUCUCCCUGUCUCAAGCGGAUCGCCCCCCUCUGGGGGUGGACGCGUUCGCGCACCACCCCUGGCCCCGGGGCCUCUUGUACGCGUUCCCUCCGCAACGCUGCAUAGCGCGCCUGCUGGCUCGGAUCAGGACGGAGAGGCUUCGGGUCAUCCUAGUGGCACCCGACCGCCCCUCAGCCAUCUGGUAUCCGGAGAUGAUCCAGCUGCUGGUGGACCGUCCCUGGUCAAUUCCGCCCAGACAGGACGCGCUGUCCCAAGCGGAGGGCUCGAUUCUACACCCUCCAGUGCUCUCAGGAGCCCUCAGGGUCUGGCACCUGAGCGGGUCAGGCUCUUGA